GCAUCUCCUGAGCCAGAAGGAAGGCAGCACAUUGAAGCGAGGUCUCCUCCGCCCAAAGCAGUUCCAGAAGAGGCGGCGGGUAGCGGGAGGCCAGAGGCUCCACCUGGCUGGGCUUCUGCUCCUUUUCCCGCCGAUAGCCGGGGAAAGGGAGCCUUCCAUAGACAGCUCUUGCCAAAGCACAUCCCACCUUCUUCCCGCCGAAGUGUGGAGUGUUAACUGCCUUGCAUCCCCAUGUGGAAACAGAUUUUUGGUGAAUGCUAUUUAUUUUACCAACUGAAUUGUGCCACAUAACAAAACAAUGAAGAAUAAAACAUACACAGUGAACGAAGCCGAGAGACCUGACCUUACAUGCAAUGGCUAUGACAAUGCUGCUUUCCAGACAGAGGAAGAAAUGGCGCAAAAGGGUUAUUUAAAGAAGAGUAAAAAAAAAAAGAAGAAUGAGGAAUCAGAGAAGAAGAAAAAACCAGAAAAAGUUGGAUUUUUUGAGUUGUUUCAAUUUGCAGACUGGCUAGAUAUUAUUUUAAUGAUAAUUGGGCUUAUCACAGCUGUUGCAGCUGGUAUUGGACAGCCACUUCUGAUUAUUGUUUUUGGUACGAUGACAAAUAGUUUUGUGACAUCUGGGUCUGGCUACAAUGUGUCUACAGACAGUAUACAAACAAAUAAUGCAUCGUGUCCAGAAGCAACUACAGAUUUAGAAGCUGCAAUGACCCAGCAUGCUUACUACUUUAUUGCAAUUGGCUUUAGUGUUCUGGCCCUUACUUGGAUUCAAAUAUGGACCUUUGUGACCAGUUCUGCAAGACAAACUGCAAGGAUACGUGACAAGUUCUUUUUUGCUGUCCUUCACCAAGAGAUGGCCUGGUUUGAUUCUACCCAGAUAGGAACACUGAACACUAGACUGACUGAUGACAUUAACACCAUUCAUGGAGGCAUAGGAGACAAAAUCUGUAUAAUUGUCCAGCUUUUUUCCACAUUAUUGGCAGGAAUUAUCAUAGCCUUUGUGCAUGGAUGGAAGUUGACCCUGGUGAUUUUGUCUGUUAGCCCUCUUCUUGUAGCAUCUGGUGCUGUGUGGUCAUAUAUCUUAUCAGUUUUGACUUCUAAAGAGCUUCUGGAAUAUUCUAAAGCAGGUGCUGUGGCAGAAGAAAUCUUAUCAGCCAUUAGGACAGUUGUUGCUUUUAACGGACAGAAAAAAGCCAUAGAAAGGUAUGAUGUAAAUCUGGAGACAGCUAGGAUUGUGGGGAUGAAAAAAACCAUCACCACUAGUAUUUCUAUGGGAUUCUCCCAGUUUUUAAUUUAUGGAUCUUACGCACUCGCCUUUUGGUAUGGAACAAAACUCACAGUGGAUGAGAAAGAUACCUAUGACAUUGGGACUGUGUUAAUCGUAUUUUUUUCUGUGCUUGUCGGUGCAUUUUCCAUUGGAGAAGCAUCCCCAAAUUUGGAAAGCGUGGCAAAUGCUCGUGGUGCGGCCUAUGAAGUCUUCAAAAUCAUCACAAAGCCUCGUCCCAUAGAUAGUAGCUCCAAUGAAGGGUUCAAGCCAGACAAAUUCCGAGGAGAGAUUGAAUUCAAAAACAUUCAUUUUAGCUACCCCUCAAGGCCUGAUAUUCAGAUUCUUAAAGGUCUGAAUUUAAAAAUCCAGCCAGGGAAGACCAUUGCUCUUGUUGGUUCUAGCGGCUGUGGGAAAAGUACUACGAUUCAACUACUGCAGAGAUUCUAUGAUCCAGCUGAAGGACAGAUUAUCAUAGAUGGGCAUGAUAUUCGUACACUCAAUCUCAAAUGGAUGAGAGAAAACAUUGGCAUUGUAAGCCAGGAACCUAUUUUGUUUGCUACCACAAUAGCAGGCAACAUUCGUUAUGGCAGAGAAGAUAUUACUGAUGCUGAGAUUGAACAAGCAGCUAAAGAAGCCAAUGCUUAUGACUUCAUAUCAAAACUUCCUGAUAAAUUUAACACCAUGGUUGGGGAAAGAGGAGCUCAGCUGAGUGGAGGACAGAAACAGCGCAUUGCUAUUGCACGUGCCCUCGCCAGAAACCCCAAGAUCCUGCUCCUGGAUGAAGCUACCUCUGCUCUGGAUAACCAGAGUGAAUCCAUAGUGCAAGCAGCACUUGAUAAGGCCAAGACGGGGCGCACUACCAUUGUGAUUGCUCACAGACUUUCCACAAUCAGGACAGCAGAUAUCAUUGCAGGCUUUGAGAAGGGUGUUCUCAUUGAACAAGGAACACAUGAUGAACUAAUGGCACAUAAAGGAGUUUACUAUGCUCUCGUAAUGCAGCAGUCCUGUGGUGAAAAGGCUGAAGCUGAUGAAACAGAAGAAAAGUCAGAGUUGGAAACAGAGGAGGAAGAGGAGGAGGAUAUAGGAGACAGCUUUGGAGAAGAUGAUCUUAAUGUUCUUGAGGGAACGAAUCUGGAAAACAUUGUUGGAAGUACAGAAAUUAUUACUGGAGGAAGCUUUCGUAAAUCUAACAAGCAAAGCAUUCGAAGAGCUUCUACUAAAAGAUACUCUGAAAGGAAGAAGAGAAAAAGAAAGGGGAAGAAAGCAAAAAAGGAUGAAGUGGAAGAGCAUCUCCCUGAGGUGCCCUAUUCUAGAAUUCUGAGCCUGAAUAAGCCUGAACUUUGCUACAUCAUUAUUGGUGUCAUUGCUGCUGCCAUUGGAGGGGGUGUCACUCCUGCCUUUGCAAUCAUGUUGGGUAAAAUCAUUGGGGCUUUCCAAGAACAGGAUGCUACAAAGAGAAGCCACAAUACAACACUGUAUUCUCUGAUAUUUCUUCUACUGGGAGCAAUUUACUUAGUCACAUGUAUAAUUCAGGGAUUCAUGUUUGCAACAUCUGGGGAAGCUCUGACUAAGCGGUUGCGUUCACUUUCAUUCAAAGCAUUGCUUCAGCAGGAAAUUGGAUGGUUUGAUGACCAUAACAAUGGCAUUGGGGUUCUGCUAACCAGACUUGCAACAGAUGCUUCUCAAGUCAAAGGAGCUACUGGAAGUCGACUGAGCUUUAUAAUCGCCACUGCAUUCACGCUUAUCACUGCGAUUAUUAUUGCUUUUGUACAUGGUUGGCAGUUAACAUUGCUCAUCCUGGGUUGUAUUCCCAUAGUUGCUGGUGCAACUGCCAUUAGACUAAAGUCUGUUUCUGGUCAUGCAGCAAAGGAUCAAAAAGCCCUCGAAGAAGCUGGAAGAAUUUCAACAGAAGCUGUAGAAAAUAUAAGAACUGUGGUUUCCUUGACAAGAGAAGACAGAUUUUUUGAAAGAUACAAGGCAAGCUUAGAGGGUCCAUACAGGUACUCUCUGAAAUCAGCUCCCCUUGCCGGAUUGUCAUAUGGAAUAACCACUAGCACCAACUAUUUCAUAAAUGCUGCUGUCUUCCGAUUUGGAGCAUGGCUUAUCACCCAUUGCUACAUGAAUUUUGAACAGCUUUUUAUAGUCUUCUUGUCAGUGAUUUUAGGUUCCCUUAAUGCCGGCCAGACUAGUACUAUGGCACCUGAUUUUAGCAAAUCAAAAAUUUCUGCUCAAAGAAUUUUUCAGCUUUUGGAUCUGAAGCCAGCUAUUGACAGCUACAGUGAAGAGGGUGAAAAAUUGGUUAAAUGUAAAGGCAAUGUUGAAUUCAAGGGCAUACAUUUUGCAUACCCAACCAGGCAAGAAGUUCAGGUUUUGCAAGGACUUGAUAUAAAGGUUAACAAAGGACAGACUCUGGCCCUGGUGGGAAGCAGUGGCUGUGGCAAAAGCACCUCCAUUCAGCUUCUCGAGAGGUUCUAUGACCCAGCAUCAGGGCAAGUGUUUGUAGAUGGAGUGGAUACCAAAUCUCUGCAUAUUCAAUGGCUAAGGUCCCAGCUGGGGCUUGUGCAGCAGGAACCUAUUCUGUUUGACUGCAGCAUUGCAGAGAAUAUCCAAUAUGGUGACAAUGGCAGAGUGGUCAGCCAGGAAGAAGUUGAAGAAGCAGCUAAAGCAGCUAACAUUCAUAACUUCAUACUAAGCCUGCCAGAGAAAUACAAUACUCGUGUAGGUGAUAAAGGAGCCCAGCUUUCAGGAGGACAGAAACAAAGAAUAGCCAUUGCUCGUGCCCUUGUUCGUAAACCAACUAUUCUUCUUUUGGAUGAAGCCACGUCAGCUCUCGAUACAGAAAGUGAAAAGGUUGUCCAGAAGGCCUUGGAUGAAGCUAGAAAAGGUCGAACCUGCAUUGUUAUUGCUCACAGAUUGUCAACUAUCCAGAAUUCUGACAUCAUAGCAGUCAUUCAGAAUGGCAAAGUAAUAGAACAGGGAACUCACAGCCAGCUUCUGGCGCUAGAGGGAUUCUAUUAUACACUUGUCAAUACACAAGUAUCUCAUUAGCCUAGAUUGUAAGGUUCCCUCUAUUUAUGCAACCAGAAAUAGAACAUAUGAAAAAAAUAUGAUGCACUGAUGCAAGAUACAAGGAAGCAUAUGCCUAUUCCAACUGGCCAAAGAAGUUUGGGGCUUAUGUUUGUUCCCCAUUCCUUAUGGCAAAUGACUUUUGAAACUGAAGAGACAAUGAGAUGGCAAGAUGAAAAGGAAAUUGUUCAAAAACUCCACUAGAUAUACCCAAAUCCCUCAGUCAUUACUGAGACUGGCUCUACCAUGUCUUCAUAAGCAUCAAGUGAUGUUCAGGCUCACAUAGAUGUGAAAUGCAGCUCAGUUAGAAAUGAGAAACAUAUUUAUCUUCUGCUUUCUUACAGGGUUUUUUGUAUAAUGAUUUUAAUUUUGUCAUAGUAAUAAAAAUAUUUGUAAAAAAGUAA